CGCUGUGUGCACUUACACUGACCUUUGAUCUCAAGUCCAAGGUUCGAGAUGUACUUCUGGUGACAUAAAAGUGGGCGACAAAGCAGACCUCGCCAUUCCAUACGUCUCGUUAAGUCCUGAAUCAUAAUGGCCAGUAUGGAAGUGGAAACUCCUUCCAUUACUUUAAAUCAGGUCGCUCGUACGAUGUUCUAUCUGGUUACACCAAAUGAAACAUCCUUCCAGCAUGUCGAGGAAGUGCCCGACUACGUAGAUAAGGCCACACCCAUUUUCCUAGGAAUGCUGGUGCUGGAGUUGGUGUUGGGCUGGGCAAAGACUGGAAGCCUUGUCAUUAGAAUCAAUGAUGGAGUCACCUCUGUGUCAGCUGGCUUGCUGUCCAGACUACCACUGCUUUUUUUGAGGAGUCUGGAAUUAUCCAGUUAUAUCUACAUCUGGAACAACCAUCGAUUGCUGGAGCUCCCCUGGGACUCACCCUGGACCUGGUGGCUGGCCUUCCUGGGUGUGGACCUGGCGUACUACUGGUUCCACCGUUUUUCUCAUGAGUUGAACAUCCUGUGGGCGGCCCACCAGGCUCACCACAGCUCAGAGGAGUACAACCUCUCCACAGCUCUCAGGCAGUCGUCGACACAGCAGUUUGCAUCAUGGAUUUUACACCUGCCUUUGGCCUUGGCUGUACCUCCCACCGUGUUUGCCGUCCACAUACAAUUCAAUCUUCUGUACCAGUUCUGGAUUCACACAGAGGUCAUUAGACACCUUGGGCCAUUGGAGUGGGUGAUGAACACGCCCAGUCACCACAGAGUUCAUCAUGGACGAAACCGUUACUGUAUUGACAAGAAUUAUGCUGGAACUCUAAUUAUUUGGGACAGAAUCUUUGGUACUUUUGCUCCCGAGGGUGAUAAAGUUGUGUAUGGCCUCACAAAGCAAAUAAAGUCAUUUGACCCCAUCUAUGUUCAGUUCCACUACUAUCCAUACAUAUGGCGGACAUUCUGGAGAGCCUCCGGAGUCAGAAAUAAACUGAGUGUCAUCUUUAAGGGACCUGGGUGGAGUUCUGGCCAACGAAGUCCUGGAGACCGUAGACAAUUACCCAAGGUUACUGUCAAGGAAGUGCCGUACAACCCAACUUUGCCAGUUGUUCUACAAGCAUAUGUGCUCCUACAGUUCCUCCUAUUGCUGGCUGUUUACACUGAUGUUAUGGCUAUGAAGUUGAUACUCUCCCAGCAGACUCUGCUUUUGUUGGCUGGCUACAUCAUCUUCACACUGACCUCCUUUGGGCUAAUCAUUGAUCGCAGGCCAAAUGCAGCUGUGGUAGAGAUGUUCCGAUGUGCCUUACUCCUGGGGCUUUACAGAUUUGGUUAUAUGAAAGUGGCUGUACCCUCAAUGCCCUUUGAGGUCUUCAUCUGUCUCUCUGUGCUGUACUGGGCCCUGCAGACAUUGAGCAAACUGGCCAAUGGGAAGAACAAACAACACUGAGAAAACAUUCAAGGAAGACCAAAGCUGACUCUCUGCCACCUGUCACAACAAGGAUUUAACCUGUUUAACUGAUUACAAAAACAUAAAAUUAGUAUGCACUCAAGUGUAAUUGCAUGUGUCUUAAAUUAAGAUAUCCAUCCGUCAACUCGCAUGGAUGACAUAAUUUAAGGACAUACAGAUAGGUUGUGCUUGAGAGAACUGCUGUUCAUUUGAGCUCAUAAAAAAUAUAUAUUUUUCACAUUUUAUAUAAUUUUAUAUAAUUCCUCAUAUUUUCAAUAAACUAUAAUAAACAAUUUUAACUUUUCAA